CAGAUCCGCCGAAAGCGCCGCCGUAUGACCCAACAACGAUACCGGAAGAAAAUUGAGGACAAGGCCACGACACUCGCCAAAGACGUCGGGGAGCUGCGAGACGACAUUAAAAGAGCGAAGAUGCAGCUGCGGGUUCUUACCAUUUACACUGGAAUGGACGCAUGCAGGGCUGCGGUGGAGUACGUUCGCCUCUUCCGGUAUGGCAGGAACAAAGUACAAAACUCGAGGAAGAUGAUGCUGCGAGGUGAUGAAGACGCUCAGUGGAGGUUCCUACAAGCGGUUGUGAUCUCCAACGUCGCGUCUAAUCGAGGAUUCGGCGUGGACGUGAUACUGGAAGGUUGGGAGCUCCUGUCAUCGCGUCUCGGGUGUCUAGAAAUCCAGCUAGUCGACUUGGACUAUGAAGCGAAGACUCUCAUCAUCGCUGACGUCAAAUGCUUCGCUACCAUCACGGAAAGAAUGCUACGCGAUGCACUAGGAGGCCAAUCGCCAAUCGUCGCUUGGAACCCCCUCGGGCAGCGACUGGCUGUCCCCGGACGCGUACGCUUCGAGUGGGAUGACGCCAAGCUCCAAUUUGUCAGCAUCUUCUUCGAGAUCGAUAUGCUGACACCGCUGAUGGAGUUGCUGGGUAACUUGGAGGAUGUGUGUAUGGCGCUCAACAGCUCUCUU